UUAAUUUUGUUAACCAGAAAACAACGAUGGCAGACCUUCAUCCUCAGAAAUUCAAAGCCAAGCAUCCCUCUUUUUCUUCCCUCAAUGGCGCUUCUUCGUAGAACUCCAUCUUAUCUCCAUCUCCAAAUACGCUUCAUGGCCUCUCGUUCUCGAUUUCUAUCUCGCUCUCCUCCUUCCUCCUCUCUCUAUUCUCUCUCUCGCCCCUCUCUCCUCUUUAGCAAGACAAGGAUAACCCUUCCUGCACCGCGUUUUAAAGAAAACUGGAUUCCACUGAGGGCGUUCAUGUUCUCAAAUGUUGCUACCGAAGCCUUUCAAGGGAGCACUACCUCCAAGGCUUAUGGCCCUGAUCAAAUUCAAGUAUUGGAAGGCCUAGAUCCUGUUAGGAAAAGGCCUGGAAUGUAUAUUGGAAGCACUGGACCUCGUGGUUUGCAUCAUUUGGUUUACGAAAUACUGGAUAAUGCAGUGGAUGAGGCUCAAGCUGGAUAUGCUACAAAAAUAGAUGUUGUCUUACUUUCCGAUGAUUCUGUGAGCAUUACUGACAAUGGACGUGGGAUUCCUACUGACUUGCAUCCCGUGACAAAGAAAUCUGCCUUGGAGACAGUGUUGACGGUCCUACAUGCAGGUGGAAAAUUUGGUGGUUCUAACAGUGGUUACAGUGUCUCUGGUGGAUUGCAUGGUGUGGGUUUGUCAGUUGUUAAUGCUUUGUCUGAGGCACUGGAAAUUACUGUAUGGCGGGAUGGCAUGGAGUUUCAGCUAAAAUAUUCUCGUGGGAAGCCUAUAACUGCACUAACAUGUCAUGUACUUCCAUUUGAAUCAAUGGAUCGUCAAGGAAAUUUUCUUUGGAAGAAAGUCAUCAUAUGCAAAUGGUUUGUAAGCAAUGUGUAUGACCCUGCUGUUUUGGAGAAGAACACGUUUGGCCUCAGCCUAUGA